AUGCUCCCUGAGGCUCACCCAAUCUUCCAAGCCAGGUCAUUGGGCGAAAGCCGGUCAGAAAGAUUAUGCCUUCACACCAAAGACCUUUCAAGGACUAUUUUGCUGGAGGGCAAUUCACUAAAAUGGUGUUUGAUGGACGCACCUAACUAUGAGUAUAUGGAACUUAACGCUAUCUCAAACUACACCAGUGCAGUAUUGAAUGAUUCUGGAACGCUCCUGUGCCUCAACAACGUCGACGAGAUACAGGUUUUAGCACUUUCAUGGGACCAGACCAGACCUGAGAGUUACAGAAUAAAGGUUCCGGCUGGCGUGAAGCAAGUGCUCUGGCAUCCUAGGGGGCGUCUGGACUCCUGUCUUACAGUUUUGAAUAAGAGAGACGAAAUACUCCUGUAUGAGCUGCUCAGUGAAGACUUCUCUGCCCCCACGACUGUUCUCAACGCGUCGACCAAUGAACUUGGGAUGGGAUCUUCGGUCAAAGACAUCGAAUCAGUGUGCUUCAGCGCCGAUGGCUUGACACUAUACUUAAUGAGCGUAAGCGAGGGUGCUGACGUUUUCUCCAUAUAUCCAUGCAUGCCGUCAGAGUUAUCGAUAACAAGGAAAGCGCUAAAAUACAACUUCAACAAGGCUUUGCUACAGUAUCAAGAGUUGAGUGAGGGCGACUCACCUGAACUGAAACUCAAGGCGACAAGACAGCUGCAUUUCAUGUCGAGUUUGUACAACCAACCUCACGAUGCGGACGACUCUCAAACAAACCUGUUGCAAACGUUCCACAUCCGGAAAGCUUAUCGCAACGCUCGUGCUCAAGGGCCUUUCACCAUUAGUCCGUUCCCAGAAAAGCUCUAUCUUGCCACAGCCAAACAAAUUAAAGCUAUUGCCCUUGAGGACGAAACAACUGAGCUUUUGCUCAUAACCUUCGAUGACGACACAAUACUAGAGUGUUUCCCUGAUCUGACACCGGUCAUGUCGUGGGAGGACAGCGGUUCUUCGGAGAAAAACUCAUUGAUAUCCGUGGGAUCUUUGAAAUUACCUGGAUCCAUAUCACUGAUUUACGGGAGCUGUUUUGUUCUUAUUUCCGCAGAGAAAGCGGCCGUUGUUAACCUGAGUCGCCUAACGCGGUCUAUUGAACGGUCUUUGGAUGACUGCGAUGCUACAGAGCUCAGUGAAGAAGACCUAACUGAAGAAAUUACGGAAAAGAAGGGCACAUUCCAAUCUGCUGGUUUAUGGCCUGAGAGUGGGAUGCAGAAGAUUGUAUUGCUUUCAGAGAAAGAGAUAACGUCUAUUGAUAUUUCUUCUAUGCAAACGCCAGCUAGCUCAACGACUGAGAAGAUUGAGAAAAGCGAAACCAAUCGCCAACGCCCCUACAGCCAGCCUUUGAGUGAGGUGCAAACUCUAAACCAAAAAGUUCAAUCCCUGUUAAAAAGCCCCUUGUCCACUGUAAUUCCCGCAGCGUUGCGGCAAAAGACUCUUAACAACACAGACAAUGAAGACCAACUAUCAUUACUUACCGAUAUAUCUAAGGAGGUAUUGAGUCGCGUCACUCUGGCACAAACUUUGGGCCUUUCUCUCCAUUUAAGGCUCCUUGGGCAGCAAGAUGAGCUGGCGCAGCAUCUGCGAGACGUUAGUGAGCUCAGAACAAAAAAAGAACGCGUGUCUGCCCAUCUGGCGUCCCAGAAACCCCGUUGGGAAGCAAUUCAGGAAAAGAACAAAUCCAUUGCAUUGAGAUUCGAGAGCUUGCACAGAAACAUGACGCAAAUAUCGAAGUCCAGCCAGCUGCAGUCGCAGCCUAUCGCGAAAGCAGAGAUGGAGUGGUUCAAGGAGCUUAGGAACCAGGUUGUGCGCUUCAACCGCCUUGUGCACGAACAGCAGGAUCUGGCAGAGGCCCUAUCCUCCUUGAAGUUAAGCUUGGAGUAUGUAAGAGUCGACUCAGCUGAGGCUGCCAGCCGCAGCAAAAAGAGCGCCGAAAGCGCGGGAGGCGUGCCCUGGGACGAGCUUCAGGCAAUGCUUGCCAAGGACUCGCGCAUAAUCAAGGAAUGCCAGGCGGAGCUGCAGUGCACCACCCAGGAGCUUGACUCGUAG